AUGUCGGAUAAAGAUUUAAUUGGAUUUCAUAAUCAUUUAAUUGCAAGAUUAAGAAGAUCUGAAUCAGAUCUCAUUAAAUAUAUAAUGUCUGACAAGAAUUAUAUCAACAAAUAUAAAGUGAAUUUUAAAGAAAAAUCAAAUUCAUUGCCACCGAGUGUUGAAAACAUUUGCGAUAUUGAUAUCAAAUUUCUUGUAAAAUCUAACGAUUUUGAUGUCCCACAAGAUUUUAUUCAUCAAACUAUUGAUGAAUUAAUUGCAUUCAAUGAUGGUAUUAGUGUCCGACCAAAAUGUGCUAUAGUUAUGAGUUCGGGAUCAAUGAUUGACUCAAAUUUAGGACAAGAAAUUGAUUCACACGAUAUAGUUAUGCGUUUUAAUAACGCGCCGACAAUUAAUUAUGAGAAGGAUGUCGGCUCUAAAACAACUAUACGUUUACUAAAUUCACAAAUUUUAUUAAAUGAAAAAUUUGGAGUUUUAUCAAAAAAUUUCUACAGAAUAGGACUUAAGAUUGUUUGGGACGCAUCUGAUUAUAACUCAAGAUUUAAUCAAUGGUUUAACAAAAGUAAUCUAUUUUUUAAAUCUCAUCAGCAAUUAGUUGAAAUGUUUGUCAACGAAACAACUGCUAUAUUAGAUCCACACGUUAUCUGGAAAUCAUGGGAUUUGCUUCAGAAAUCAACAGCAAAUAAAAUUCCUCGAAAUCCUCCGACUUCUGGAUUCUUAGGGAUUGUUAUUUUGCUUAAUAUUUGUUCAAAAGUCGAUAUCUAUGAAUAUAUUCCUUCAAUAAGAAUCAACAAUAAAUGUCAUUAUUAUGAUAAUAAUAUAGACAUGGGUUGUACUUUUGGUCAYUGGCAUCCAUUAUCUACUGAAAAACUAUAUCUKUUGGCGAUUAAYGAAUGUAAUGAACGCGAGACUGUAAUUAAAGGAAAAGUAUCACUAAGAGGUUGUUCAAUGGUUUUGUAA